CCAAAUGACCUGCACACACUGCUCUUCUCAAUCCAAGACCCUUUGUAGUCCCUCUGUGUGGCAACAGCACCAUGGCCUUCAGUGGAAAAUAUGAGGUUGAGUCUCAGGAGAAUUAUGAUGCCUUCAUGAAGCUCAUAGGUAUCCCUGAUGAGAAAAUUGAAAAAGGGAGGGACUUCAAGUACACUACUGAAGUAGUCCAGAAUGGCAAUGAGAUCACAUGGUCACAGCUCUACCCCGGGCAUACUGCAACCAACAAGUUUGUCAUUGGCCAAGAGUCUGAGAUUGAAACACUGAAUGGAAAGAAGUUCAAGACCAUUGUUAGAUUGGAAGGAGGAAAGCUUGUAGUGGAUUUUCCCAAAUACCACCAUACCUCUGAGAUCGUUGGUGGAAAACUAGUAGAGACCUCAGUGAGUGAGGGCGUCAGCUUUAAGAGAAUAAGUAAGAAGGUGGCAUAAUAUCUCUGUAUACUUGCUUUGUUAUUUCUACCCAAUAAACAUUGGUUGCUUAUUAA